CAAAAUGGUCAAACGAACUAGCCUGGCCUCCCAUCGCAAAUGCCAAUUUUCAUAAAUAGUUGGGUUCAUUUGCUGUCAAACACUUAAACCGAUGUAACGCGAAUAAAGCUGCAGGAUCCGAUACAACAUCAAUAGUAGUGCUGGGUAUAAGUGGUUGGCCGGUAAAAAUAGAGACAUACGAAGCAGACGGUACCGGUUCAUGGUCAACUAGAUCCUAUCCAUUUGGUUUCAUUUGCUGGUUUUCAUUGUUAGUUUCCGUCAAUUAAAAGUGUGCUUUUUGGACAACGUGUGGCUGAGACGAGAACUAAAUUGGAACACAUCUGCAAACCUGAGAACGUUUUGCAAAAAGCGAGUGGCGAAAAACCUCGCCUGGUGAGGAAUAUAUAAGCGAAUAGAAUACAAGACAUCUUCAUGGCUGGUUGCUUUCGGUUAGGAAGACAUGCUUGACGUGCCGGCUGGUGACUUUCGUCCUUAUCGACGAACGAUUUCCGCUCAGUAGUAGCGGCAGGUGUAUUAAAAUAGAGCUGUUUUUGUCGGUAUCCGCCCGCUUUAACCUGUCGACAUAGGAUCCUGUCAAUUGUGAAGUUGAAAAGAAUCAAUAAACGAUUCUUCGAAAAACGUUUUUCGGUACUGAUAUAGUACGGAUCUUUCACUUAGUGCUAGGGAAAAGCAAACUAAAUAGACAAAAUUUCCCAAAGUGCUUUUUUGGCGUACAAUGAAAUCCACUGGUACGCAAAGAUCUUUAGUAAAAAGUGUUGACGAUUCUACCACAAAUCAAGCCGGUGUGCAAAGCCACAGUUGGGAAGGUUCCACUGUCAACAAAUCGAACGGCGAGCAAUUAACUAUGGCCGGAUACCAGCAGCGGGCUCUGUCGCUUCGUAAGCCCCGCAUACAACGGCUUCUGCGUCAUCGAUAUCAGGAGCAACUGGAUCAACCGUCUCUACACUCUGUUGCCAAAGCUAAAAUGAUGUCACGAUUUACACGUAUACAAGUGUUAAGCAUUAUCAAAUUAGCAACCAUGGACAAACUGCGCGAAACGGGUGCAGGUGGACCGAAUGACCCGACCGCUCAGCAACGGUUAUCGACGGAGGGUGGUGGUGCGGGUGGCGGCGGAAAGGCGGCCGGUGACGGAGGUUCCGAUGAGUAUCACCAUCAGUUCUAUAAUACCGGCCGGAUAGGACGCCGGAAUGCACUGCCAGACAUACUGGGGACGCACUGUACCACGACAACGGCCGACCUGUCGACGCAACUGGGUGCUCUCUCUACCUCGGACUGUACGGGCAAAGCAUCCGACGCAAGUAGCAGCAGCAUAGCAGCCGGAAACAACGGUCAGCUCCCACCGACGACAACCGCCACGUAAAGCCAACCAGAAUCUAUCUAUCGGUGAUUCGGCACCGUUAAGUGAACUCUGCGGUAGAAGGUGUCCUCCCUGUAUCUGUGAGCGUAUUCGUAAAGCCAAGGCAAACGUCCGAUAGAAAACUGUUGGCUCACAAGCGAAGGAACGUUUUCAACAUUGUCCAGCCAGGGAGCGAUAUAGCCGGUUUGUGAUGGAGCAGCAGUCAGUAGAGAGGAAGGGCGGGAAGUUUCUCAGUUAAUUUAUUUAUUUUUCACACCUUGAAUUCGUUAUUCAGGAUGUUAUUUGAAGUUUGUAGUGGACGCGGAUAGAAGAAAGCACAUUGAGCAUUUAGGAAAAAAAAGCAACACAUUUAGACAACUCUAAGAGCCAAAGAUAUGCGUUCCGAGGUGGACAGUUGAAUCGGAAACAUGGUGGUGAAUAUUUUUGAUAGCUAGGUUAGAUGCUUUUUGUACGCGAAAUUGGCUCAGUUUUGUAGCUAGGAUUAUGAACGUAGCGGAGUGCAUAUUUAUUCCACGCGGAACGAUGCCUCCAAUCUAGGACGAUGUAUAUGUAUCUAUUAAACCAGCGCCAAUCCCAUGAAAGACGGUGUCGGUGGAGUACGGACGAUACUCUUUGACGUGAUCUCUUGAUAGAUUUGUUUGUCUUUUUUCCACAUUAUUACGCAUCAUUUGCAAUGCAGUGGAAUGAAUGACAAUUGAUUGCAAAAGGAAAGUUUAUAACCUUAACAGUAUGGUUUGCUUACGCUUUAGGAUUAUUGUUUUAUAAUGAUGCUCGAAACAAACAAAAAAAAAAACGCUCGUGGUCCUUUUUUGGUUGUGUGCAUCAAAAUUAUUAAGCACUAGUAGCAUAAUGUAUUUUUGUGCUUCACUUCCUAUUCUCCUUCACAUUUCAAAGCAAGUUCUAUAUUGAUGCGCAAAAAAUGCAUGUUCCUUACGUUGUUGCUUUGUCGUUUAGAUAUUAUCUAGACCUUUAGGUGUAAGUGAAAUUGAAAGGCAGAGAGUAGUCAACAGAGAUCGAAAAGAUGUUUAAUGUGAUCUAGACUAGCUUUAGUUUAUUAUUUGCACACAGACGUAUUACAGGGCGAACAUCCUUUAGUAUCGAUUAAAAAAAAAAGUUUUUUUUAAAUGUUUACCGAUAUUUGUUAGCUUUUAGCACCAAUGGACAAUGUUUUCAUCAACGUGUUUAUAAGUUGGAUUAUUAAUCAAUGUUAAUUGCUGCCUCAUUAAAGAAAAGAAAAACAUCACUGAUUUGCUUUAUCAGAAGUCUUGUAACUCCCUGCGAUCGUUGCAUGAAUCUGUUUGUUCCUUAGACUGCACUCCAUUGGAAAACAACGAAUUUUGGCACUCGCGUCGCACUAAGAAAUGCUUAUUAUGUGAAGUGAUAAAAUUAUUCAUUUGUUUAAUUGACGCGUGUUGUUGAAAGGUUUAGAAAUACCUACGUUUGCUUUAUCUUUCUGCAAAUGCAUACUUCGUAUGUUAUUUUCUACUUUUUCCUCAACGGUACAUCGCCACUGUUGGUACGGGGAGGAUGUGUAGAGGAUGCGCUUAAACCUAAGAAUAUAUCCAUGUGAUAAUUAGACCUUACAUGCACGAAAGGAUACAAUAACACGAGCAAACUAAUGGCAAUUUCUUCGUACGAGCUACACUCCGUUUCUCCCAGCCAUACAAUGUUGUGUUACAAUAUGUUGACGCUCUCUGCAAAGCCGCUAGUUUCCCAUGACUAUUUUCUACGGACCGUUCGGUAUUGUUUCAAUUUCGUUGAACUUUGCUCAGUAUUCAUUUCGAUUCAUCGAAGAAGUUUGUCGUUUUGUUUCAGCUUUUUUGAAUGUUAAAAAUGAUGCUAGAAUGGAUAUGGCGAUUUAAUGAAAACUUUUAAAAAAACACAACACGUUAACAUGAACAAUCGUGCGGUUGACCGGUGCCGGUGAUCUAGAAUCCUGUCGAAUGGGAGAUAUGCACGCUUUGAAAGUAAACAGAAGUGAAUGAUAAUAAGAACAUGCUAACAGAAAAGGAAGCAUUAAAUAAAAUUCACCGUUCUAUAUGUGUCAAUUGUCGAAAUACAAAAAUAAACAAAUUCGGUGAAUGAUUACGCGUAAUACAACAAUUAAGGACAACCUUUAAUUAAAACGCGUGCCACAAAGAUGGGCUACGAAUUGGGGGGAAAAAAAAGUUUGAUAGAAUCUUAAUGUUGCAUGCCGAACCCAAUUAUUUAAAUGAAAUUUACAAAACAAAAAAAUAUAUAUACACAAAGAAAUAGGAUCUUAAAUGAAAACUAAAGAGGAGAAAGCAAAAUGUGGUCGGCGUGCUUAUGAUGUGGAAACAGACAAAAUACAUCACAUGUGAACGAGGAACAGCGAAAUUGGUGUGAAAAUUGUUUCAAAAUUUGUACUAAAUUAUCUAUUCGUUUCUAGCAAUAUGAUCAUCUGGUCGAUCUUUAUUAAUAAUUUAAAAAAAUUACUCGUCUGGUGUGUUGCAGCUUGCCGAGGAACGCAAGGAGAACAAUACAUUUCGAGAAACAUUUUUUUUGGAAACACACCGUAAUGUGGAAACAACAAAAAACACCCCUUUGACACCAUACCGAUCACAUAAAUUUAGCGGCAAAUUGUAUAGAUUUUAAGAGCUGUAUUUAUGCUAAACAGAUAAAAAUAUACAUAUUACAAUGGAUGAAUGAAUAAAAGAAUGACGACGUUAAA